CAGUGUACCAUGGCCUCUCUGUCUCUGUCCCUGGGACUGCUGGUGCUAUGCACCCUGUCUCUUGUACACUGUGACCUGGAUGACAGCCAUGUCAGGGUGUGGGGCCUUAGUGCCUCCAACCUGAAAGGAGACUUCCUCUCCCAGCCAGACCCCUACAUCAAGGUGUGGUGCGGCCCAGCCUUUGGUGGCAUGACCAGCAUUCUGAAGAACCAGGCCAACCCCACCUGGCCCGGUGAAUUCAACUUCCUAGACAUCAUCCACAAGUCUGUCCUGAAGCUGGAGGUGUGGGAUCAGGACGCCGGACCAGACAACCGCCUCGGAACCUGCACCACCACUGUCUACCCAGGAACACACACUGAGACCUGCCACCUGAAGAAAGGCACCUUCUACUACACAUACAGCUACAAGAAGGAACAGGAGCAAUAG